UUGGCCGCCAUUCUUGAUUCUUGCAGUGGUCCAGCUUCAAAAGCAAUUGGGGGAGGGAGAGCGAGUUUAGGUAGAAAGAUGGCGGAGCAGAUGAAAGAACCGUGCAAGAAGGCGGCGUGUGACAUUCAAUCGUGUCUCUCCAAGAACAAUUUCGACUCCCGAAAGUGCCUUAAAGUGAUUGAAAUGCUUCAGUCAUGCUGCGAGAGGUGUAAUUAUAACUCAACGCAUUGUGCUUCUUUGUCUGGUCUUCUAAAGCAAAAGCCCAAGUAAGAGUUGAACAACAACCAUGUUCUGCCCCAAGGUGGACGUACCGUCUUUUUGCAUUUUUGGGUCUUCUUUGGGGCCACCCAGAAUCUAAACUCAAAAGAUAAAAGGAAUAAGUGGUAGUUGCCAGAACGUUAUGAUUCAAAGCUGGGUUUGGCUGUAGAAAGUUGAGCCUCCACCACAAAUAGUAACAAGGCACCAUAAUGGGAGGGAGAAGGAAGAGAGAUUUCAGGUACAUUUGCCUAAAGAUGAUAUUGUAGAAUUAUUUAAAAAAAAAAGAAAAGAUAGUUCAUGUUUCAAUAACACAAUGAUAUAUACAUCAAAAGUUGUGGCUUAUGGGUGUUUUUACUUUGAUUUGAACUCAGUUGCAGUUAUUUGCUUAUGUAAAGUAACAGGCAUGAAUGUAUCUUCUUCAUAUUUUCCCCUUUUUUUCUUCACA